CUAAAUGAUGGGGUCCCGCGUGGACCCCUGGAUCCCCUAGGGCCGGGCUCCCUUCCGCCCCAUGCUUGACCUUGCUUCGUCAUACCUGUUCCCUUAAAACCUGCUCACUUUCUCCUCUCCUUCGACUACUCACCCUCUCAAUUCCUUCAUAACUCGAUCAAUUGAAUCGCCUUACCACGGCGCUAGCCAACAUUAUGGCUAUCGCUGCCGCCCAACGAAAACAGGUCCUCAAGGUAUUGAUGAUCUCGCUUCUACUGGACCUCAUCUCCUUCACGUUCAUCCUCCCCCUUUUCCCCUCCCUCCUCUCCUUCUACCGCGCCCAAGACCCAUCACCGACCUCCCUCCUAAACCGCAUUUUCCAUUACCUGAACGCCUACAAGAAUGCCUUCGCCCGCCCCAUCGACUCACGCUACGACAUCGUCCUUCUCGGUGGAGCACUAGGCUCCCUCUUCUCCCUUCUCCAAGCCGUCGCCGCCCCUAUCAUUGGCCGCCUCUCCGACCGCCAUGGUCGACGCCGCGCCUUAUUAAUCUCAAUGGUCGGGAACAUCUGUAGCGUCACGCUGUGGGUUUCUGCGACGGAUUUCCGCACAUUCCUGGCUAGUCGGGUCGUUGGCGGGCUGAGCGAGGCUAAUGUCCAGCUGGCUAAUGCUAUUGUCGCGGAUGUCACGGAUGAAACGCGUCGGGGCGCGUCGAUGGCGCUGGUGGGCGCUUGUUUUAGCAUUGCGUUUACCUUUGGGCCGAUGCUCGGUGCGGCGUUGAGUACGGUGGACAUUGUCACGGCGAAUCCGUUUAUCACUGCGGCACUGGUCUCGCUAGUGCUGAUCUUUGUGGAAACGGUUUAUUUGUGGGCUUGUUUGCCUGAGACGCACCCGCGGCUGACGACGUUGGAACGGGAGGAGAGUGCUGAGUCCGGUGCGGGGACGAAGAGCGAGGCGAAGGUUGGAAAGCCUCGAGGAUAUACGAAUAACCCGGCUCUUCUCAAUGCUGUCCACUUCCUUUUCCUCCUGCCGUUCUCCGGUCUGGAAUUCUCUCUCCCUUUCUUGACGACGACUCUCUACGCCGGAACAACUACGGCCAGCCCGGCGGCUUUGAAUGGUCGUCUCCUUUCUUUGAUGGGUCUGAUUGCAUCCCUUCUCCAGGGCACGCUCGUCCGUCGCCUUCCUCCAUUGAUCACCGUGCAAGCUGGAGUCGUCGCCUGCGCGCUAUCAUUCUUCUGUUUAGCACGCGUCUCCACACCAUCAGGCCUCUAUGCCGCAGGCGGCUUAUUGGCCGUGACGAGCGCUACCGUCGUCACCGGUCUGAACAGCCUGGGCAGCUUCGAGGCCCGGGAUGCCGAUCGCGGUGCUGUGAUGGGCCGACUCCGGGGCUGGGGUCAGGCAGGACGUGCAGCUGGACCGAUCUUGUUCUGUACGCUAUUCUGGUGGGCUGGGCGUGAAGCAGCUUAUACCGUCGGUGGAUUGGCCAUGUCCGUCGUUGCCGUGGCGGUGUUUGGCUUGUUGAAGUCGCCUUCGUUGCAUGUCAAGACGGAGUAAAUGUCCGAAGUGCAGACCGCUGGUCGGUACUGUACACAUCUAUAUUGCUAGAGUGCCUAUUUGGAUGGAUUGCCCUCGGCGGGGCAAAUUUCCGGGAUAGCCGUCUUGCGACUCGUUGUAUUACUAGUUGAGCAAAUAGCAUAUUCAAAUUACGCAUAUAAGCCUGCAGCGGGAUUAAUGCAAGCUACGCUUGGCAUGAAAGCUUCUCCGCGCAACUCAGUCCUAAAUUAGAUUGAAC